AGUGAUUAAGCUAAUGCUUAGGUUUCAUAUUUACAAAAAUAUUUCUAGCUGCCUUUGUCUAAGCAGGGCAACAAGAGUACGGCAUGGCUGAUUCGAAUACUGUCGGUUUCCUGCUCUUCUGUACUUUAGUUUGUACAUUUUUCAAAACGCCGGAGGUACAAGCACAAAACUCAAGCAUGUCUGCAAUUUCCACUCUAGACAGGAGCACACCUCAGAAGUCAGCUGAAAUUUCCACUCUAGACAAGAGCACACCUCAAAAGUCAGUUUCUCCCUUCUUAGCUGUUACGGUAAGCAGUACGCAUGGCUUUACGCAAAUUGUAUCAAAUAUCUCGUCGAGCCAGUUCCCCUCACCACAGGUCUCCUCAUCAAGAUAUCUGGUGACACCAUCUUCCAUAUUUGGGGCUUCUUCAAAUGAAAGCAUCUCCACCUCACAAAGCAGUUCAUCAUCGAGUUUGAUAAUAGUUCAGCAAAAAUCCUCAAGAGCCGCGAAAAAUCAUAGCACAGCGACGAGUCCUGUCGCAAAUCAUAGUACAAUAAUAAGUUCCACGAAGAUAAAAAGCACAGCCAUCAGUACAAGAACUAAGCAAAGCUCGACCAUGACCUCAUCUCAGGUGACCAAUGAGAAAACUAUAACCAUUACUCCUUCCAAGUCUCAACCAACGAGCAGCUCUGUGAGCGCAACAGUGAUUACACCUACAACAAGUACCCCAACCAAAGGAUCUGCACUGUUUUCUCAAACAGAAUACAUCUUGACGGCAUGUCUUGUUGUGUUCUUCUUCGUAUUAAUUGCCACAGUCGCUCUGGUUAUUCAAAUUGCUUUACUUCACAAGUCCUUGAAAAAAUUAAAGGCUAAAAGUCACCGUUAGAAGCCAGGAUCCUUACAACGAAGGCAAAUAUUUCCUCUCAGUUUUUUCUGUCAAAUACGAAUAGGUUGUUAAAAACAGUUUUAUGUAAUGACGUAUAGGGUGAGCUGCUCGCUUAGGAACUGUAAUUAUUGAUAGGAGGGUAGGUUUGAAAAGGGUUACCAACUUAAACGCAGGGAAAAAGAAGGAGCACAGAAAUAAUACAAGAAUAUUCCUUAAGGAAGCUUUCAGUAAACCUGAAGUAUGUGAGGUGAAGGGGAAUCAGCCAAAAUUUACCUCUCACCUCUGAUUCUCCCUUUUUUCUUGUUUUCUCCCCCCGUUUAGAGAUCAAUGCCCUGUUGUUUAUUCCUCAAGGGUUGGAAGCCCUGAUAUUUUCUCUUUAUAUUCUUCGAGUCUCAGUUAAAGAAACGAUUUUGUAAAAG